AUGUUUGACCAAACAAGUAGCAUGGUGAUGGCUGGUUACCAGAGUUUUGGUGUGGUGAUGCUGGUGGUCAUCACGGCGCGCAAGGCCGUGCAUGUAGUAGGGGACAACCAGAUCAAUCUCAAACAAUGGGUGGCCCCAUUGCUGGACUCUGGAGCUGUGUUGGCAUUCAAGGACCCUAACUUGGAUGCACCAGAUGACUUGGUGCUGCGCUUGGCCCGCCUUGCCCUCUCCUGCACCGCCAUACCUGUGGCCUCCCGCCCCUCCAUGAAUCAAGUGCUGGGAGAGCUGGUGAAGCUGAAGCAGGAGGCAUUCGGAGCACAUGUGAGCGAAGCCAUAUCUCGCAUCGAUAUGGAGAUUGGGAGUUCCAUUGGCUCUUCUGGCUUCACUGCUGAAAUGGCCCGUGCAGAGCGCGAGGGCAUGCAGAGUGAUUUCGCGGCCAGAAUGCCAUAG